AUAGGUUCACUCCCACUCGUAACAUUUAUACCAAACUUGACAAUAAUCCAAUCCCCAAUAAAUAGAAAAAAAAAAAAUCCGUGAUGCGACACUUUUGGCCCACCGCAUAUAUCAACCUGAACAUUGUUCAAAAACAGAAACUCCGGAUUUACACUUUCGUCUGUCGCCCCCAUUUCCUCGGACAGUCUCCCUCUUCCCCGUCACCAUCCGCCAUGGCAGACGGCGGAGAGGCCCUGAUUAGCAGCAACAGCCGCCACAGGAGCGUCACAUUCGCGCGGUGCUCCUCGCAUGCGCAGGACGAGCUGCAGAGCUUCCGGUCCUACCUCCGGUGGAUGUGCGUGGACCAGUCGAACGCCUGGACCGCCUGCCUCUCCUGGUCCAUGUUCUUCGUCUUCGGGAUCGUCGUCCCGAUCGUCUCCCACUUCCUGCUCGCCUGCUCCAGCUGCGACAGCAAGCACAAGAGGCCCUUCGACGGCGUCGUCCAGCUGUCGCUCAGCAGCGUCGCGACGCUCUCCUUCGUCUGCCUGUCGCGGUUCGUGAAGAAGUACGGCCUGAGGAGGUUUCUCUUCUUCGACAAGCUUUGGGACGAGAGCGAGACGGUGAGGAAGGGCUACACUGAGCAGCUCAAUAGAUCAUUGAAAAUCCUCUCCAUAUUCGUCAUCCCCUGCUUUGCAGCUGAGAGUGCUUAUAAAAUAUGGUGGUAUGCCUCAGGAGCCUCUCAAAUACCCUUCUUGGGGAAUGUUUACCUGAGCGACACCGUCGCUUGCAUCAUGGAGCUCUUCUCAUGGCUCUACCGCACAAUGGUCAUUUUCUUGGUGUGUGUACUCUUCCGUCUGAUAUGCUCUCUCCAGAUCUUGCGACUGCAAGACUUUGCACAGAUGUUUCAUGUGGACUCAGAUGUGGCCUCGGUCCUAUCUGAGCAUCUUAGGAUCAGGAGACACCUUCGGAUCAUAAGCCAUAGGUACCGUGCGUUCAUAGUAUGGGCUCUAGUUUUGGUCACUGGAAGCCAGUUUGCCUCCCUGCUUGUCACUACCAAGUCCACUGCAGAUGUUAACAUUUUCCUAGCAGGAGAAUUGGCUCUUUGCUCUAUGACUCUGGUUGCUGGGCUCUUCAUCUUGUUGCGCAGUGCGACCAAGAUUACACAUAAAGCACAGUCCGUGACAUGCCUUGCGGCAAAGUGGCAUGUGUGCGCAACACUCGAUGAUUCUUUUGAGACGAAUGACGGGGAGACACCCAUGGCUCAGGCUGCCCCUGUCCUAGUGUUUCCUGUAAGCAGUACAGGAUCAGAUAGUGACGAUGCUGGUGAUGAGGAAGAUGACUUGGACAAUAACAAGUUGAUCCCAGCAUAUGCUUAUAGUACUAUAACAUACCAGAAAAGACAAGCCCUUGUGACAUACUUCGAGAACAACCGGGCAGGGAUAACAGUGUAUGGAUUCACAUUAGACAGGAGUACUCUGCACACCAUAUUUGGCAUUGAGCUCUCCCUAGUGCUUUGGUUGCUUGGAAAGACCAUCGGCAUAUCCUGAGAAAUUGAGCAUUCGGGGUUUAAGAGUAACUUAUGCCGCGCCAGUUACAGCACAGAGCGAGACCAUUGGCAUAAGAAGAUGAGCAUUCGGGUUUUGCGGGAGCGGGAGAGAGAGAGAGAGAGAGGCUUGCAUGUAAAGGCGUUCUGUUCAUUUUCUUCCUACUUAUUUCCGACCUGUAAUAUCCACCUACGUAGAGUAUGAUCAUCUGAUUACAUUCUUUCCGAAAUUCAUAUUGGGCUUCUGGUUACGCGAGUUGAGCUCA